UGAGCGAGACAGUCUCCGUCAUACAUGGGCCAGUAGUAACUGUAGAAUAACCUCCAUUGUUUUCGAAAAAACGACGGAAAACCCGUCACAGGACAGCCAGUGGAUCUGUCUGCGUUGCUUGAGCAAACAUUACUUAUGUUUCAGUGUUAAACAGGAGCUGUUAUUACUGGGGAGUGACGGUCUUAACGAGGACUUGUUGCGAGGAUGGAGAUGCGGCGGAGGGCGGUGAAGAUAUGCGGUGGAUGCUGAGAAGACCAUCCUUCCUCCCACAGCAACUACAUGAGUCAACAUGGCUGCGGAGCAGCUCGACCUGCUCAUCCUCUGAGCCGGAGACCAAAACAAUAUUGAGAAUAAAUGGCGUUCAUGUCCCGGUUCUCCCGGUCCCGGAGCAGCUCCAGGUCUCCGAGCCGAAAGGAGUCCGAGCGUGACUCCCUGACGGUGUCCGAGCUGGAGAGGCUCCUGUACACGGGCAAGACGGCCUGCAACCAUGCGGACGAAGUGUGGCCCAGGCUCUACAUUGGAGACCAAAACAUUGCCUCAGACCGCCGUGAGCUGGCCAGGCUUGGUAUUACACACAUUCUGAACUGUGCACAGAGCAAGUGGCGAGGUGGAGCCGAGUAUUACGCUGGGAUGAACAUCACCUAUCACGGGAUUGAGGCUCAUGACUCCCCAACUUUUGACAUGAGCGUCAACUUCUACCCAGCAGCCGAGUUUAUCCACAAAGCCCUCACGAGUGGAGGUAGGGCGCUGGUCCACUGCACGGUGGGAGUAAGCCGCUCAGCCACUCUGGUGCUGGCCUACCUGAUGAUCAGGCAAAACCUGACGCUGGUGGAGGCCAUCAGAACAGUAAAAGAUCACCGAGGUGUCAUCCCUAACCGAGGUUUCCUGCGCCAACUCAACGGACUGGAUGGCAUCCUGAGAGAAAGCCGCAAGACAUCACCGCAGAGCUGAAAACCCCUCUUCAACACACACACACAUCCACACACACACACACACCAGAGCCAAGGUAGCAGCCAUACACACAAACAGAGACAAAUUCAGAGCAACUCGUGUCUUUCUAAAGUGGUGGCUCUAAAUAGAAACAGCUGAACAGAUGUUGGACUUUAUCUGUUCAGUCUUUUAAUACGUACUACUGCAGGAACCCAUUAAGGUCAAAGUCUCCAGUUAAGAUCCAAGUCGUUUCGUCAGAGGAAGCUCGAAACUCAUCAGAUCAAUUAUCGGAGGGACUCUCUACGAUACAACAGCCUCACACUGUCCUUUAAAGCAUUCACACAUUCAUUGAACAGAUCACAUUUUUACUGAAAGAAAAUUCAGGUAAUCCCUCAGGGAAGCAGCAGAGGGUGCCACUUUCAGGUCCUGUAUUUUUUAACGAAUGUCAGAUUGAGAUAUCCAUUAUAACUGGAAGAUGCAACAAUAUGCAUCUCCUUCCUUCAGACUAAAUACUUCCAAUCUGGGAUUUAAGAGCAUGGACAUUUAAAAGACAGAUACUGACGUGAUGGAAAAUUGGUACAUUUGCAGUAACAUUUAGUUAUCAUAGGAACAGAUACCAGCUCACAAGAUGUGUUUCGGUUGCAAGCACUCUGUGUCAUGCAGGUUGGAACAAAGUCAUUUAAAAGCACAACUGCCCCGAAAAUACAUGAGCCAAAAAAAACCUCACUGGAAACAAAUAAUUUAUUGUACUGCAAUCACUGUUAUACAGGAGGUCCUGGUAAAAUGCCACCUGGUUUCUGAUGAAACGAACGUCUAAUUCCUCAUUGGUUGGCACUCUUCUUGCCCUUCAUCCUUUCUUCCUCUGCUCUCUGGCUGGAGAAACUUUAAACUUAUCACAUUCCAGGGGACAUGCUGAUUCUUGCCCUCUUGACCAACUAGUUCCAGUUUGCUCAAUUCAGACGUUACUAACAGGUUAACAUGUUAUUUUUGUCAUUGUAGGUCCUGCUAGGAUUUUAUUCUUCAGACUGAUUUUAGAGACACAUAGAAGCAUUCAGCAAGGUCAGGCCAUCUGUCCUGACUUUUAGAGGCAGGAGUCUGGUUACAUCCAGGUCAGCGUAGCUUUAGCUUUGUUGUAUCCUGACAAACAGAACUAAAACCAUUCCUUUGCUUUGGUUUUAGCAUAACUCAGAGAGAAUGGAACAUUUAUCAAGUAAUGACAAGAUUCAUUUAGGGGUUAAAAGAUUACAAAAUACAAAAAAAUCAACUGGUUUAUACAUUACUUGAGUUCUACUGCUUAUUGGUAAAAUAUAUGUUAACUCAGGUCAGCAACUAGUCUGAGUAACUAACAUAAUCUGAACUUUUUUGCUGAUAUGGUAAGCAAUACAAAUGUUCCAUGCUGUGUUUUCAUUAGAGCUGUAGAAUCUGUCUGUAACACCAAAGGUAGUACUUUCAUUCCCACCAACGCGGUUCGGAGCCAGUUCCUGAACGUGAUUUUGAACCAGCAAAGUGUUUCCACUGACGAAAAGAGGUUCCUGGGCACUAACUGUGGUUCAACUUGGGCACCACAUAAUACUUGGUUCUUCUGCGCGAACGUCACCCGUGGGUGGGUAGAAGCUGCAAACAAUACAAGCAACAAGUACAGUGGUGAAGACAGAGCGUACCAUAUACAUUUGCUAAACCACACUAAACACGCAAUGUGUAACUACUCAUUUUCGUUACACUCGCGAAUAUUGAACACAUGCAAAUGAAAACGUACAUACCAUUGUUCUUGCAUGGAGUCGCCGUCUCCUUCUCUGUAUUAACUGGAGAUUAUGAAUGCUCUUGUUUUUGCAUUAAAAGGAACAUUUCCCGCAGCUCAGCAAGCUCCGCCGUCUCGCUACCACGGUUUACCACCGCGUUGUGUAAUGGCCUGUGUUCGAGACUCGUGGUUGAAACGCGCGUCUGUGCUCAACAAAACACCAAACCAGUUCAAGAACAACAGUUCUUUCGGUAACAGAGCAGCAGCUACAUGUACUGUGUUCAAUAUAUGUUUAACUACAUGGUAAAAGCUCAGCCAGCUACACUCGCUGUGAUCUGUCUGGUUUUAGUAGGAGACCCAAGAGGAGCUUGUAUCACUGUCUGCUGCAGUAGACUGAGAUAUUCAGGGACUACACUUCAGAACUUCCCUGGGAAAAUGUUGGAAAGCAGGCUUCAAAAGGUUUCGGAUUCAGCAGGAGCAGUAUGGCUUUCCUCCUGGACACGGACCUGUCGGCCAGAUCUGUUGAGUGGGUCAUGGGAGUUUGGUUCCAGCCCACUUGUGUUUUGUGGAUACAGAGAAGACUUACAACCGUGCAUUUUGUUGACGGUUUGGCGCAAGUAUGCCGUGCUGAUGCUUUAAGGGAUGUUCCGAUCCUUUAUAAUGUUAGCCUCGUAGAUAGGUAGAAUGGGAUGACUUAACUUCUGUCUUCCCAGCCUUGGAGAAUUUCAAAUUCUUCUAUGGGAACUGAAAAACUCAGCUGUAUGUCUGGAAUUUCGGAUUUAGGCCGCAUGCACAUAAGAAGCAGUAUGCUGUGCACUUGAGGCUGGAGAUCAAAACUAGGAAGAUGAGAAUGCAUAACUCCAAAUGACACAAAGAUGCUGCAGCCUGAAUGCAGAAUGUAGCUAUGUGCCAGAGGAAAACCCUGGCAGUUUUACUCAGUUAUUAUUAAGGAGAAGAAAGAGUAAGCUGCUUGUAUCUCUGCCCAGGGUGAGUGUUUUAUCUGGUUCAGCAAGUGUAAGGUGCAGGACAGCAUGCUUGGCAAUGCACUCACUCAGCCUAGACCAGCCCAACACUUAACAGGUUCGAAAGCAGUGCAGCUUUAUUCUGUUAACAACAUGAAUAAACAUUGUACUAUUUUAUUACCUUACAAGAAACAGCACACACCAUCAUUAUUAGUUCUUUUCCUCUCCUUCCACUAUGUUUUACAACCAUGUGAAGGCACCGUUCCUGCUUGACAUUCAGUUGCCCAUGUUGACCGGAAAGAUUUGUUAAUUGCAAUCUCCAAUUACAUCACCAGAUGGCUCUAGACCUAGAAACUGAAUUCAUAGUCAUUGUUUGUACUACUCAGAUAAUUCCUUUUAACCUUAAAUAAGAUAAAUAUAACACAAGUGCCCUGGCCUAAGCUACUGAAUCGUGCAGCAGUUGUAAUACAGCCCUAAACCAGCAAAGCUUUGUAGCCAUUAGGUAUUAUUCAAAACAAGAACAUUGAUUUUAUUCCAGUGUGAAUAGUUGGUUUACUGUAGAAUACUUUAACGGGCAGAGCCUUUCAUUUAUGUCCAUUAGGACUAGCAUUGCACUGAAUUAAGAACUGUUCAGUCAAGUGUAUGUUUAAGUGUUACAUUGGCUCUAAGGUCUCUUAGAUAGCAUCACAGAACAACACCAGAUAUGUGCCGUUGCUAAAGCUACUAACUGCCUGGCUGACUUGGAAGUGUUCAGAGCCCAGUCGCACUCAGUGUGACUUAGUGUUAAGUGAGGCUUGUGCUUCCUCAGAACAUUCUCAGUUUAAGCCAGCUUUUUAAAUGUCCUCUGUAGUGUUGUUAUUAAAUACCUCAAUAAUAGUGUUUGAAACAUUUUCUGGAGUUUAUUUGUGUUGUUUUUGUUUAAUCAGUAAGAUGAAGUUUAGUUCAGAAGACAAACCGUUAAUCUUAAUGCUGAAAAUGUACAUAAAGAAUAUGAAUGCUUGAAUUUGUAAAGUCUUGGAGUAUGUAGAGACACAAUGAUUCCCAGAAUGCAAAUCUCAGUUACUUUAAAAAUCUCAUUUUAGGAAGACUUUCUCCCCAGAAAAGCUCUAAUUGGUCAGCCUGAACAGACUCCAGCCACCUUUCCCUAUAAGCUUUGUUGGAACUCAGAACUCCUGACAGCGUUUAUUUAGGGGGAAAAGGAAAACAUGCAGUAAUUAAUACUUGUGCAGAGGUGUUACAGAGGUCAACACAUAAAUAGGUAAGUUAUUUCAUGUGACUUUAAAGAUUUGAUUGCCUUCCCUCCAAACAUUAGACACCCAUAGAAGUCAUUUUUAAUGGCCGUUUCAGGUCAGCCACUACUGGACCUAUGGGAAUAAAGGGGUCCAGUCCAGAUUUAACGUCAACAAGUAUGUUCAAGGUCAGGCUUUAAUUGCCUUCAUCAACCCUAGUAACUUUUCAACCACAUUUGGACAUUAUUAGAAAUGUUCAUGUUUGGACAGAAGGCAACUUUAUCUAUUUAAUGUCCCAUUUUGACUCUUGGAGCAGCAGAAGCGUGUAAUUUAAGACCAUGAAUCUGUGGUUAACCCAAGACAUAAAAAUACAUCUGAAUAAUCUGUUUUUGUUAUUGGAAUUUCUUGAUUCUUAUCCCAAUACAAUAACUUAUAGUCCCUGAAGAUCAUGACCACAAUGCAGCUUCUUGUCCAGAUCUGUAAUGGUACUAAAAGAUGAAAGCUGCAGCGAGUUUAGGCAUCUGUAUGGGUAGAAAUUUAAAAUUUAGUGUAGUUUACCUUUGGAUUUCACCAAAGGUUGCCAAGUUAACAUUUUAUUUUAUUCUAUAUAUAUUUUUACCCCCCAAAUUAGAAAUAUUCUACAGCAAAUAUUUUACAUUGUAAACCAAUCAUGGAGCUUGAUUCUGCGACAGUUUUUUAUGUUUACAGUUUUAAGCUUCAUAAUCUUAGAGUCUUCGACCACCACUGCUUUCAAGGUUUAAUAUCAUAUUUGGCUGUAAUGUCAGAUCACUUUCAUUAUGAAUAUAAUUGAUAAAACAUCAGUAUUUAUGUUUUGAACCUGCUUGGAAAACAAGUUCAUUAAAAAAAUGGACCUAGACUGUUAAAAACUAUUUCUCAGUGUUAUGUUGUCUGCAUCUUAAUGUAGCUUACAUAGGACCAACAAGUCAGAUCAUGGCUCCAUUCCUUCACCACGUUGUGGCCCAAUGUCGUACUAGUCGUUGAAUACAGUGAGCCCCAGUGUUGCCUAGAAAAUACUGUAACUCAGCAGCGUUUGCCUCUAUAAGAGAACCAGAAUGCAUCUGAAAACUCCCUGAAAUGGCGUGACGUCAAACACGUCUUAGCAGGAUCAUGGUGUCCUUUGGUCUGUAUUUACAAUGUGCAGGUUUUCAGAUGGUGUCAGCCUUUUGCAUCUUCUUUAUUUUAAUGUUGUCCACCUUGAUGUACAGUCGAAACUAACAGCAUUACAACGGUGUCAGAAUUAUGGCAUUUUUAAAAUAGCUUAGGUUAAACUUCAAAGGUCUGAUAUUACAUCUGCUCAGUGUUCUCUUGACAGAGGAACAUAUAUGAUGUCCUUUUAACAGCAUUAUCUGCUGAUCUGAAUAAGUUAAGCUACUAACAUAGAGAUGGCAGUCAAAAAAAUGAAGAACUCUCCUAAAAGAACCUGUAGGAAAAUGUUUUCAUUGUGAUUCUUCAGCUCUCCUGUGGUAUGUUUUUGUGAUUUUUUUUGUGAUGUAACUUGUUUCUGGUCUCAAUUCCUGUUUAUAUCAUUGUGGUUUCCAGCAGAAACUCUUCUAUAGGAAAACUUGAAUUGCAGUGAAUUUAUUUUUGUCUCACUGUCUAGGAUUCACUGAAGGCGAAACUGGAAAAGGAGAAGUUCAUGCCUUAAUCUGUGUUCUUCAAUUUGGUCUUUUUACUGUGACAAUUGUUUCCAUUUUUUUGAUAAAUGCUGUAAUCGGUCAUAAAAAAAUUUAAAAAGUAUUUCAGAUGUU